CACUUAUCAGAUUUAGUUUAAUCAACCCUCUAUUAGAAGAAUGGUUGAAAGUGGUGAAAAGGUUUCUCCUCCAUCUUCUUCUCAGCCUAAAGACUUGGAAUUUUUCAAAGUUUUUCUUCCCGAAUUCAGUGCUCGCGAACUGGAGAUACCUACAGCAUUCAUCGACAUCUUGGAGAAGCCGAUACCUAAGCAAGUGUUAUUAGUCGAUGAGAUCGGACGGUUGUGGGGUGUGGAGACAAAAGCAGAAGAAAGAAAUCGUCUUGUUGUGUUCCAAAAAGGUUGGGAACGAUUCGCAAACGAUCAAUCUCUUGAAUUUGGAGACUUUCUCGUGUUUAGCUACGACGGCGAUUCGAGAUUUUCCGUUUCGAUUUUCGCUAAAGAAGGAUGUAAAAAAGAUCUCGGUGUCGUAUCAACCAAUAGGGUUUCGGUUGAGAAAGGACCGGUUGCGGUUGAACCGGCGGAUAUUUCUACCAAUCCGGGACGUCGGGAACGUCGUGGCAAGAGGGUUAAUCUGAAUCGGAAACGCGAUUUGGUUAAGGAAAAGCCAAGUGUUCGGGCUGAGACUGAACCGCAGUAUGUUUCAACUAUCAAAACCGAACCAGAUUAUGUUCCAGCUAUCAAAACCGAACCAAAACACCGGGAAAAUACUCUGAGGAAAGUCAACCGGUCUAGAGAUCCGUGUGGUAUAUCAUGGGUUCCUAAGAAGAAACACAAAGGUUUUGAAGAAUCGGAAUAUAAACCGAAGAAUCCGCAUUUUGUGAGGAAUAUCACAAGCGGUUCACUUCGCCAAAUGGAAAUACCGACAACUUUUCUGAAAUCCAACGGGAUCGACAUGGAGAAAGACAUCGAGCUUUGUGAUGAAAAUGGAAAGAAGUGGCCAUUGAAGAUUGUGAAUCACUGUAGUAGAGGACUCAAGUUCUCGUAUGAUUCUUGGUUGUUGUUCAGUCAAAGCCAUAAGUUGAGGAGGCCCGAUAAGUGUUUAUUUGAGUUUAUUGUGACAAGUGAUGGGAGAUGCAACCAGGUUCUAGUCCGUAUUCUCCCUGGGAGGCUGCUUACUACUGUUAGCAAAAAUCGUUACCAAGUUCUUGCUAUGUGCCAUAAGUUCCUCCUUUCCAUUAACGUGUCUUUAAGACGGCCUAGCUCUCUUUUCCUUUUUUAGCCAACGGUUUUGCUUCGUGGUGUACG